UAAGAAGCCGAGAAGUCGACGGUUCAGUCAUAUGGCAAGUGUCAUCUGUCGCCGUUCACAGCGCUUAAUCCUGAACUUUGGAGACACAGUGGCCGCACAUGUACGCAGCAUGGCGUCAGAAGUCGGAGGCGUUGUUCCCAAGCAGGAGUUGAGAGAGUUUGUCAAGAGGUGUAUGAUGACGGUUGGUAGUAAAAGGGACCACGCUGAAAGUUUGGCCGAGUUGCUGGUGGCUGCAGAUUACAGGGGUCAUUUUAGCCAUGGCCUAAAUAGACUAGACAUGUAUAUCAAUGAUGUGAAGACGGGUAUAACAGUGAGUGACAAGGAGCCAAGCCUGGAGAAGCAGACAGCAGCCACAGCUUUGAUUGACGGAAACAAUGUUUUGGGGCCAGUUGUAGGGAAGUUGGCCAUGGACACAGCUAUUCACAAGGCCCAGACUGCCGGGGUGGGCUGGGUCACAUGUAAAGGCUCAAACCACUUUGGGAUAGCAGGAUGGUACAGCAUGAGAGCCGCUGAAAAGGGACUUCUGGGCAUGGCCUUCACUAAUACUUCCCCGCUGGUUUUUCCAACAAGGGCUAAACAGCCUAUUCUUGGUACCAAUCCGAUUUCCUUGGCGGCACCAGCCAAUGACGGGGACAGCUUUGUCUUGGAUAUGGCCACAUCCACGGCAGCUUUGGGAAAGAUUGAAUUACAUGACCGGAAGAAUAUUCCAAUUCCAAAUGGCUGGGGGGCAAAUUCUGAAGGCAAGGAAACCAAUGAGCCUGCCGAGGUUCUGAAUGGGGGUGGUCAGCUACCGCUGGGAGGCUCGGAGUUAACAGGAGGCUACAAAGGGUAUGGACUGGCCAUGAUGGUGGAAAUCUUCUGUGGCAUCUUAGGGGGCGCUGCUUACGGCCCAAAUGUGAGGAAAUGGCGCACAUCUGAUGAAAUAGCUAAUCUGGGCCAUUGUUUUGUUGCUAUUGACCCAGAAGCGUUUGCACCAGGGUUUAGGGACAGAAUGAGUGACUUGAUGAGCAUAUGUCGAGGCCUGGAGCCAAUUUCUGGAGAGACAGAAGUUUUGGUAGCAGGUGACCCAGAAAGACAACACAUGGCUAAGUGUGAUGCUGCUGGGGGAAUCCCCUACCAUCCAAACCAGAUCAAGUUUGCUAAUGAUAUUGCAGAGAAGCUGAGCAUUGCACCAAUGAAGUUGAAGUCAUGAUUUCAAAGUCGGGUUGUUUGUACAUGAGCCAGCAUGCAUGUUUACUCUGAGUGACUGCCUCUGAUAUUUGUGAACAUUCAAGAAAACAGAAUCGGCUUCAUGUUGGAUUUGUUAAUUCAUGUCUUCUUCUAUGCAGGACACACUUUACUAUUUACUGUCUGUGUUUGCUACAGUGCUCUGGAAACAUACACCCAGAUGUGAUUUUACCAGCAUGUACAGGUUUGACUGCUAUAUUUUUAUGUAAACAUGUGCAUGUAAUAUCUCAAAUCAGACAUAAAUCGUGAAACAUUUUAAUAACUAUAGCCAAAGUACAUGGAUAAAAACAUAAAACUAUAGAUUUUUAUGACAGAGACACACUGUGUUUCUUGGAAUCAGUUUUUUGUGACACCAGUAUCUCCUGCAGUCUCAACAGCCAUUAUCCUUUCAACAAAAUGCUUCAAAGUGUGAACUUAAAAAUACUAUCAAUCAAUCCAAAAUGUGAUUUUCUGAUUGUUACAGUGUAAGAGUUAUUGGGCAGGUG